CACACGUUUUCAGUCUGAAAGCAGGAUUUCAUGUCUUUUGUUCUCAAAACUUCUCCUGGCCUCACGUAGUCUCUGCUCAGACUCUGUUCAUUUUUGAAAAGGCUUUUUGCCACAGUCGCCUGGCAACUUGUCAGCCAAUAGAAUGAAAGUGUUGUACUGGGUGUGUAUGUUUCCUUCAGGGGUUGUGCCUAUGUGGCCACUAUCAACUGUAGCCACAUGCGCCACCUACUGGAUGUAGGGAGAAACAACAACGUCAGCUUUCUGCUCCUGUGUGCUACUGAUCAUAGACAUAAUGUCAGAGUAGACCCCACAUUGGCUGCUCUGGUGCAGGAAACACGGCGGCCAUCUUGGAGAGGUCGUCCUCCUACUUGGCUGAACCCAAACAGCAGCAGAAGCUUCAGCACCGCCGGAUACUUUUGUUCAUAUCGACUAACUAUUGUUGUGAGAUCUCUGGGGAUAAAGUUUCACAAGUAAGAUGGACAUAUUACUGUUUAUAUUUUGUGAAUAGAAUAUUACUAAACUGUAUUUAUGUCCACCGGCAAAAUGCCAGCUAAUGUUAGCUACAGCGCUCGGUGCAGCACCAGGUUCAGCCAUGAAGGCUCACCGAGAUAAAUGAGGGAAAAUUAGAACAUUUUCAUUAUUCCAUAAUAUUGAUUUAGAUUAUCCAACACAAAGUGGCAAAGACUGUUAUUUAUGUGUGAUUCUUUCAGUCUGUCUAAAGUAAGAUGGCUGCCGUUUCAGUUCUGAAGGUUUCAUAAAGACACGAUGUGAGGAAGAAGAGAGACGAUGAAUCUGGAAAACAUGAAUAAAACCUACAUAGAUAUUAUGUAUAUAACCAUGUGCAUAUAUAUAUAAAUGUGUACCUUAAUACAUUAUUCAGCAUUAAUCAUUUAAUCAUCUUUGUUUCUCUAUAAUUGUAUCAUUUUGUUUAUUUGUAAAAAUAUGUAUUGUGUCUAAAGAUGCUGUUGGGUUUUCAUGCUGCUCUGCAGCUGGCAGCACCAGUCCUGACCACUAGAUGGCAGUAAACUUUAAAGAUGGCUGAACUUUUCAAGAGCACCAGGAAAUCCUCUGGACGUUUAGAUCUGUCUGGGAUUAUUUUAAUCUGGUGGAUUCAGAAGAUUAAGAACUCUCUACAGGCCGCAGACUUUGACCUCGGGACGUCCCACAGAGCGUUCAGAUUAACGUCCAAACUGUUCUAACGGGAGCAAAAUGCAGAUUCCUCUAAAACCUGAUAGAAUCCAACCGGUUUGGAGAUGCUGCUCAUCCAAGUCCUGGACAGACUCCGGAUCCGGAUCCGACUCCAGGGGUUUGGCGUGUUUUCGUUCCACCGAUGAUUCAGAGUGUUCAUGUCUGUGGUUUGGUUUACUGGAACCAGUUGGACCAGUUGAGCUCCUGUCCUGCCUGGAUGGACGGGAUGAAGAUCUGAGGAAGAGGAAGCUGAAUGUUAAAGUUUAAUACUGAAAGCAAAAUGGAGAGAAUGCAAGAUGAGAAGAAAAACAAAAAGUAAAAAAACGAAUGAACUAAAUAAAUAAACUAAGAAUGUGUCACCCAGGGAAUCCACCGCAGGUGUGUGUUCACUACAACAAAGGCUCGGCUCCUCAUGGCGGCUGCAGGUUCCAGGACUCCUGCUCCAAGCUGCACCUGUGCCAGCACUUCCUGCAGGGCGUCUGCCGGUUCGGGCCGCGGUGCAGGCGGCAGCACGCCGUGGACCAGCGCAGCCAGAGCGACCUGGAGCAGAGGGGGCUGAGCCGCCAGCUCAUCAGGGAUCUGCCCGCCAUCUACAGGAACGCCCAGCACCUGAACGCCGCCGCCGCUGCAUCACCUGCUGCAUCUCCUGCUGCUGCUCCUGCUGCAGACGACCCAGAUUCUGGUGAGUUCUGUAAAGCGGCCCAGACGGACCAGGAGGAGGAAAUCUGUCUGCAUUUCAUCAGGAACAGCUGCAGGUUCCAGGACAGCUGCCGCCAGGUCCACUUCCACCUGCCCUAUAAGUGGGAGGUCUACGAUGGCCGGUGCUGGUCGGACCUGGAGAACAUGGAGCAGAUUGAACGGGAUUACUGCAACCCGGCUCAGACUCACAGCUCAGACUAUCAGCGGGUGGAUUUUGUCACCAUGACGAUGGAGUCCAUGCCCGUCCGCCGUCUGUCCACCGUCUCCUGGGUGAGGAGGCCGCCGCACUACAGCCUGACCACCCAGUGGCUGUGGUUCUGCCGGGCCGAGCGGGGCGGCUGGCUGGAGUACGGGCAGCCGGAUGAGAAGCAGCGGUCCACUUCAGUGGCGUCUAGAACCCUGGAGGAGGCCUUCGUCUCUGGAGAGACCGAAGUCCAGGUGGUGAAAGGCCAGAGGGCCUACGUCGUCUCCUUCAGAGGUACCGCCGGCUGGUCAGGCCAGCUUCACCGGGUCUGGACUCUUCAUCGACCACUGAGUCCAGACCGCAGUCUGGACAGCGAGACUGCGGUCUGGACUCGCUGGCCUGUUCAUGUCCGGACUCUCAUCCCGGUUAAUGAAGGGAUCGUGUCGGUGGCUCUGAGGCCCGACCCAAAGUCCAAAAGAGCUUCAACACAAUCCGGUGUUUUAUUAAUGACUUGUCCUGAUAUACAGGAGUUUGUGGGAAACCAGAGGAAAUCUAGGUUCUGUUGGACCUGUAGAGGUUCUGAUAAACACAUCAGAGAUAUGAAGGGAACCAUAAAGCCACGGUCGGGUUUUGGGGCCGAUUCUGCUCUGACCUGGUCGUCAGCAGACAGUCAGAGUGUGGUCAGCAUAUGGCCGUAUCGGGUCUGUAGAAGUUCUGAUGGUUCCUGUCCCUCUGUCCUGCAGACAUGUACCAGAGGAACCACAAGCACCACACCAAGCGGAGCGUCCGGCGCCGACCUCGCUUCGUCUCCAAGGCCGAGGUGGACAAGCUGGUGGCUGAUCUGAGGAAAUGUUCUGGAUGAGUUCUGACGGGCCUGGUCUGGACUCUCUGACCUCACACCAGUGAAAAGGAAGCUGACUUUCUGUUUCUGGUUUCCGGCAUCAGAACUUUUAUGCAAAUCUGGAUUUUCCUUGUCCAGAAGAAUCGGACCAGAACCUUUUCAUGUUUUAUUUCAUCAGAACCAUCAGGUUGACAAGAACAAACCUGGUUAGGUGAAGCACUUUGUAAAUCAAUCUGCGCUGCUCAGACUUCCUGUUAUUUUCCUGGUUUCUGAUUUUUAUUUGUUUUUUAACUGUAUUUUAUUUUGAUAGUGUAUGUUCUUGCUGUUUGCACUUCCUGUUGUUUUUUCCUGUGACUUCCUGUCAUUUCAGAUCGAUUGUAAUAAAUGUAACGGAACUUU